AUGAAUGCGGAACAGUUUAAUUUGUUGUUGCAAGCUGUGCAAAAAUCAAAUAACGCUUUGCUUGAGGAGCUUCGUUUGUCGCGGACACUACAACAAAUUGAUACGCCUUCUUCAACUACAGAAGCAGUUUCGUCAACAUUUAGGAAUCUAUCUGACUCAAUGCUAGAGUUUUGCAAUGAUCCUGAAAAUAAAGUCACAUUUGAAUCAUGGUACAAGCGUUAUAAAUCAGUUUUCGCUAUAGAAGCAGCACAUCUCACUGAGCCAAUUACGGUUCGAUUGCUCACUAGCAAAUUAAAAAAUUUGGAUUUCGAGCAAUAUGCAAACUCAAUCUUACCAAAGGAACCCCAUGAGCUUACACUCAUGCAAACGGUUGCCAAACUCUCGUCUAUUUUCGGAUAUCGCCAAUCAAAAUUUUCUCAGCGCCAAAAAUGUUUUACAAUUUCAAAACAGGAUUAUGAAGACUUUGCUCAGUAUGCUGCUCGCGUCAACAAACAUUGUGAAAAAUUUGACAUCGUUAAUUGCACUCCCGAUGAGUUUAAAGUACAAAUAUUUGUCAAUGGCUUGAAGAGUUCACAUGAUUCGUUAAUACUCGAGAAACUCCUUGCAAGACUCGACAAUGAAUCAACACAAAAACAUCCACGCAAAAGGAUGCCUUCAUGCACUUAA